AUGCCUCGGACACCUUCACUCGCCCGUCCCACGCUGCAACUCGACAUCGAGGACGACGACGAGCUCGCCGGUGACACCAUUCCCUGCUCGCCCACUGCCUUUCUCCGCGAUCGCGAGACCACACAGGCCACUCAGAUUCUCUCGAAGCCCAUGCUCGCCCCCAUGAGAUCCUCUUCACCCGCAAGCAGCAUCAUCGAAGUCCCUGCCUCUUCGCCCUUUCAACCCAAGCCCUCGACACUAGCAACCCGACUCGCUCCCCAAGGGACCUUCUUCCGACCGCCCCCUCGAGCCCAACCCACAAUGUCGAACAAAAAGCGACCGGCCAUGGAGCCAAUCAGCCUCAUCUCUGACGAUGAGGACGACUUGACACCUCCUCGAGGUGAUAUCCGGCCUACGACGUUCAAGGCACAGAUUUCAGCCUUCGCAUACAACCCCGAAUCGGAGGAGCGAGAAGUUAAGAACAAGCUCCGACAGAUCUUCGACGUGUUUGGUACCAAGGUUCCGUCCAACAAGGCCCGAGAAGCUCUGAGGGAAUGUAAUAAUGACCUCGAGGAUACUAUCGAGUGGCUCACGAACAAUCCUAUUUCACAAACCCCCGCCCAACCAAAGCCUGCCCGUCGCUUAAUCAGUAAAGCGGCGUUUCAAUCGGCUACCACCUCCAAAUCAACUACCUCAUCCAAAACGAAAUUCCGAGCCCACUCAAAGACCAUGUCACCAAGCCCUCAGAAGAAGCCUAGACGCCGUUUGAUCCAGGGUCGGAGAGAGCCUAGCCCACCUUCCCCGGUGGUCAUCUCGAGCCCUCCCUCCAGCGACGACCCAUUGAUCAUCAACCUCCUCGAUAACGACAAGGAGGAUGAUUAUCAAGCAGAGCUUUCGCCAUCACCAACCGAUGACGAAGACGACCGGGUUCUGAACUGCAUCAACAAUAGCACUGUGCAAGAUCUGGCUGCGAUGACCAGCAUGAAAGAGUCCCAGCUUGAGUCCCUUAUCGAAAAGCGUCCUUUCGCCGACAUUUCCUCAGCCAGGCGAGUCACGAUUGCCAAGAAGCCCGGCGCUCGGAAGGCAUCGAAGAUUAGCAUUGGUGAAAAUGUCGUGGACGCGGUGGAGGUCUUCUUAAAUGCAGUUGCCGCCAUCGACGAUGUUGUCGCCAAAUGCGAGGUUGAUGCGAAGGCUGUCAAGGGACAGGUCGAUACGUGGGACAUCGAUGUCUUUGGUCAUGAAAAGCGAUCCCGACGAGAUGGCUCAGAAGAAGACCUCCCUCCCACUCCAACAAGCAUCAGCAGCACGAAAUUCGCCAGGCCGCCCAUUCCCCGCCAGCCCAAACUCAUGGAUGGUCACUGCGUGAUGAAGCCAUUCCAGCUUGUCGGUCUCAACUGGAUGUCAAUUCUUUACGACUUCAACAUCGGAUGUAUCCUCGCUGAUGAAAUGGGCUUGGGCAAGACUUGCCAAGUCAUUUCUUUGAUGUGCCAUCUAGUGGAGGAGUACGAAAAUAACCCGACCAAGGAGCGACCCUGGCCGAAUCUGGUCGUUGUUCCACCCAGCACUUACAACAACUGGCUGGGUGAGUUUGAACGAUUUGCGCCAGGGCUCUCUGUCAUUGGAUAUCGAGGCUCCCAACCUGAGCGAGCUGAGAUUGCCUAUGACGUUGAGCAAAAUCCAGACGCAUACCAUGUCGUCCUGGCGACAUAUUCCCAGAUCAACUCGCCCGCUGAUGUCGAGGCUAUGCAGUCAUUCAACCUCAAUGCCGCUAUUUUUGACGAAGGACACAAGAUGAAGAACCCGGAGACCAAGAUUUACAAGGAUCUUUCUAAGAUUCCGGCAUCGUGGAAGAUGUUGCUCACAGGAACCCCUGUCCAGAACAACCUCCUGGAGAUGACAUCUCUUCUGAACUUCAUCAACCCAUCAAUGUUCAAUGGCUACAUGCAGCACAUCCAGUUUGUUUUCAGCCAAAAGGUCACGAUCCGAGACGUCGGAAAUGGUGCAUUCUUAUACAGCGAGCGUGUCAAGCGUGCCCGCACCAUCCUCGAGCCCUUUAUCCUCCAGCGUCGCAAAGACCAAGUCUUGUCGGACAUGCCUCCCAAGAUUUGUAAUGUCGUUCACUGCGAAAUGAGCGAAUCCCAAAAGGGUGUUUAUGCCGAAUAUGAGGAACUGUUCAGGAUGGAACCAUCUCAACGUGCUAAACAGGCCCGUGGUCGACAGAAUGACCAGAACAAUUGCUGGAUGCAACUCCGCAAAGCGGCUCUUCAUCCUCUGCUUUUCCGCCGCCAUUUCGACGAUGCAAAGAUCGAGAAGAUGGCGAAAAUCAUCAUGGACAAUGUUCCACAAUCUGAACUGCAUCAGCCGGAUAUCAAACAUUUGGUUGGGGAACUCAAGAACGCAUCCGACUUUGAGCUUCAUCUUUGGUGUCGAGACUACCCCCAUCUUCUUCAGAAGUUUGACGUCCCGGCUGCCACGGAGCUGGACAGCGGCAAGGUCAAGAAGCUGCUGGAGCUAGUCAACCAAUACCAGGAGAACGGCGACCGAGUUUUGGUCUUUAGCAAGUUCUCGCGAGUGAUUGAGCUACUUCGGGAAGUGAUGGCCCUGGAAGGCAUCCAGCAUCGUGUUCUAAUGGGCAACACCAACGUCUCGGAACGCCAGACACUGAUCGACGAGUUCAAUCAAGACCCAGAGAUUCCCGUUUUCCUCCUCACCACCGGCGCUGGUGGCACGGGCAUCAACUUGACGGCUGCCAACAAGGUCAUCAUCUUCGACCAGUCGGACAAUCCGCAAGACGACAUUCAGGCAGAGAACCGUGCGCACCGCCUCGGCCAGAAGCGUGAUGUCGAAAUCAUCCGGUUUAUUACGACAAACACAAUUGAGGAGCUCAUUUACAAAGCUUGUCAGAAGAAGAUUGAGCUGGCCAACAAGGUCACUGGUGCAAUCGAGGAAGACGCUGCCGAGUCAGCGAAGAACCUCGAGUCUGAGGUACGCAAGAUGCUUAUUGAGGGAGGUAUGACGCCGCCGUAG